AUGAUUCUGAAGCUUGGUUUAUAUUUAUUAGCAGUUUUAACAAUACAGGCACAAGCCGCAACUCAUGAUGUGAUACCGAUUCCCAGGAAAGACGCACACUCCCCUCACGUACUCAGUAAAAUUGUCAAUGGACAAACGGCUGACGAAGGUCAAUUUCCAUGGCAAGUAUCCAUCCGAGCCACGCUGGGACGAUCGAUUACCGUUUGUGGAGGUUCACUGAUUGCCUCACAAUGGAUACUAACGGCCGCGCAUUGCGCUAAGGAUUACACGGGAUUUCAGAUUGGGUUUGGAUCAACUUACCUAAACGUUCCGCGUUUGACGAUGACGACCGUCACUAAGAUCGUCCAUCCAGAAUUUGAUCCCAUUCGUUUACAUAAUGAUGUGGCCGUUAUACGGCUUCCAUCUCCAGUGCCCUUUAGUAACGAAAUACAUCCAGUUCAACUACCGCCCUUGUCCUAUGCAACCAAAACGUUUCACAAUACAAAGGGCUUAGUAUCUGGAUUCGGCAGAACUUCAGACGCCAGUCAAUCGAUUUCUAGUAUCCUGAAAUUUGAAAACAUGCGUAUCAUUUCGAAUGCGGAUUGCGCUACAGUCUAUGGAACAUCGGUUAUCAGAGACUCAACCAUGUGUGCAAUGGGAUGGGAACGUACAAAUCAGAACGUAUGCCAAGGCGACUCCGGCGGCCCAUUGGUUAUAAAGGAGAAUGGCAAUUACAUGCAAAUCGGAAUUGUAUCCUUUGUAUCGAACCGUGGCUGUAGCACCGGAGACCCAUCGGGCUACAUACGAACCGCUUCCUAUCUACAGUGGAUUGCACAACAAACAGGUGUACAGCUCAGAACCUCAUCAUAA